AUGGAGUACUUGAGUAGGCUACACAAUGAACUGAAGGAUGAAAAGAGCUAUCAAUUCCAUCCUAAAUGUGCAAAACUAGGUGUAACACACUUAAGUUUUGCAGAUGAUCUACUGCUAUUUGCCAAAGGAAAUUUGAGCUCUAUUUCUGCACUCAAUGAAUGUUUCAGAACCUUCUCUACAGCCUCAAGACUACAAGCUAAUCUUGGGAAGAGCAGUGUGUACUUUGGUGGAGUCAAGAAGGAAGAACAGGCCAACAUCCUGAAUCACUUGGGCUUUGUCCAUGGCAGGAGAACACAAUUAGUGAAGUCAGUUUUGUUUGGAAUGCAAGCAUAUUGGGCCCAGCUAUUUCCUAUCCUUGCUAAGGUUCUGAAGAUUAUAGAAGGCCUCAUCAACAUGAAAUUAUGGAAUAAAGCAGCUCAAAUCAAGACAUGCUGGGAUAUUGCUCACAAACAAGACAAGCUAUGGAUUAGAUGGAUCCACACUUACUAUAUUAAAGGGAAGCCACUACCGGAAGCAACAGUUCCAACACAAGCCAGCUGGAUUACUAGAAAGCUUUUGGAAUUGAGGAAUGAACUGCAUCUGAUCCCUGCAACUUCAAGCUCAAAAUGCUGUCUACUACAAAUUGCUCCCUGA